CAGGUGUUUCUUUGUUUGAGUUGUGUCUCUGAAUGUGAAGGUACCUGAAAACCUACAGCUAGCUUAGCUUAGCAGCUAAUUAGCUUAGUUUAGCACGACGACAGGAAACCCCGGAUGACUAACAUGUAAGCCUUUAUCAAAGUAUUGCACGAAUAUAAGACAAUUUUAUUUUAUUUUUGGUCUGAAUUAGACGAUUUUGGAGGACUCUGUGGGAAGUUUCUGUUGCUUUUAGCCCAGGACAAGAUAAGCUAACGGUUGCCGCUAGCUAAAAGCUAACCAGCUCGUGUCAUGAAUCCACAGAUGCGAACAAACCUGUCAGUGUAAGGCUUUUAUCGAUAUUCGGAUUUAAUUCGUGGCCAAAAGUUAUAUUUUUCUAAACCCUUGAGUUUCUUUUUCACCUCUAAUAAUGUUGCUGACUAUUUAUUGGUGUUAAUAAGUGAACUUUGUAUUUUAAAACUGGACUAAUUCAUUUAACUCACUUAAACAGCAAAUUAAACUCUUAACCAGGGCCUGAAAUUCACUUGUUAAGACACUGGCCGAAAUCAACUUCUUAUUCUUUCUAUCUGUCAAAAUGAUGAAUUGUAAUUUUCUGACAGUGAAGAUCCAUUUCAACACAUUAAAUAGAGAGAGUAAGGUAUUAAACAACCUCAGAGAGGUGGACACAGCAUACUUUAAAGUAAAAGUGGUUUAACUAAUCAGGUGUUAUCACUUAAAACUUGAAUUUAAUUCAUAUAGUAAGGCAAUGGGCCAACAAAACAUUAAUGUGGAUUUCAUACAUGACAAAUAUAUAAAAGGAUAAACCUCUCUGUUCACAGGAGGUACUUUUCUUAAGCUUGAUAUAAUCUUUAUCUACAUGAUAAAGAUGAUAGAAACAUAUUAAAAAGGAAGAUAAGAACACUUAAAUCAGCUUUAAGUGUCUGUGAAUGCAUAUUAUUCUACUAUUUUGUGUUGCAUAUAGUGUACAUACUUGUAUAUUGUAAAACUCUAUACAUAAUUGCACAUUUUGAUUAUCUCUUUAUUUUUACUUAUUUUUAUCUAUUAUUUAUCUCCUCUUUCUACUUUAUUUGCACUGGAGUUACUGUAACAAAAAGCAAUUUCCCCCUGGGGAUUAUUGAAGUAUUUCUGAUUCUGAUAUUUACUUAACAUUUGCACGCAUCAGUACAACAUUAAAGUAGAACUUUUUUCAGAAGGUUUAAGUUUCUUACUGUCCAGCAGAAAACUGACAAUUUCAGCAUCACUCUUCAAACAUUAAUGUAUCAUCAGGAGUUCCAUCUAUGAAAAUAAAACACAGAUGUCAACCCUAAUUUUCUCCUGUCCUCUGGCCUGAUCUGAUUUUACAUCUUUAUGUUUUCAGAUUUUGCAGCCAGCCAGAAGAUUCCAGCCAGUUUGUCCAGUCAGAGCUACAGUGGAAAACAUGGCGAUUCAACAUGUCAGCCUCCAGAGUGAGUGAGGAUCUACUGCUUCUAUAAUAUGAGUUUUUUUUCUAAUAUAAAUCAUCAGAAAUAAAACAAUUGUGAUUUUCCAUUCAAUUCAAACUAAUUUCAGCAUACUUCUGCAUAAUUCACCCCAUUUCUUUGGGAGGAUGCAGCUAAAUUUGACACAACCAAAUCAUUCUCAAAUCUUGGUUAUCCAAAAAGAGUCGGUGGUCAUGUGUUUGUCUGUCUGAAUGUUGUGAAACUCCUGUGGGGUCGUAUCACUUCAUGACACAAACGUUAACCCCUCUCCUUUAAGGCUUUCAUGUUUGAGCUGCUCCCCCCUCCAAAGAGGUCAUUUCUGGUCUCCUUCUCGUUUAGACUAAUAACAGGUUGCUAUUCUUCUCUUAAUUCACUGUUUGAACUGCCAAAUGCCUUGUUUCUCCACCUCGAGGUGUGGGAUGCUGGACAGUUUAGCUCGGGGCUUGAAAGAGUUCAUUGGAAAUCGUUACCUUGAUGACCUCGGAGGGCCCGGUUAACUGAUUUCUAAUCGUCCAGCAGGGCGUGGGCUGCAGCUGUUGACCUCUGCUCUGCAGGGACUCACAGACGAUUACGGGCUUUUCAGUAGUUUUUUGAUACGUUUGUCUCCAUCAGUUGAACUCUUGGUCAGCUGUGUGUAAGAUUUACUGAAAGCACACUCCUAAAAGUGCAGCUCCUCUGCCUCCGUUAAAGGUGGGGCUGCUGGGCCACCACCCGUUUUUGUGUUAGUUUACUAUUCCUAAUCAUUUAACGGAACAUAAUAAGAGAGUAAAAUUCAGUUUUGAGUGUGAAAAGAGCAUUUUUUAAGAGAUCAAACUGCCACUUAAUACUUACUUGACAAUGUAAAACAUGAUCAAAAUGAGAAAAUGCCGAUGUCUCACCUGAAACUCUGGGUUUACUGAGUUAAACCUGCUCCCGAGCAGGUUAGGUUCACGGAGUCUGUUACUGUGGUAACUGACCGCGAGGUUGAGUUACCUCUCUUUGUGAAACAGGUUAGAGUUACCCCUCUCUCCCUGGUUUAACUAACCCUCCUUUGUGAAACGGAAAACUCAGAGUUUCCCUGAUUUCAGGGUUAACAAACUCAGAGUUUCCACUAAACCUGCUACGUGAAACGGACCCCUUAUCUAUUAAUCAUACUUAGCCACUGUGUCACUCCUCAAAGGCCAUUAUGGACCAUUAUGGGAUCUGUUGAUGUUUGCCCACAUGAGGCACAGCAACAGUUAAUGGUGGAGGUCCCAGAGGAAUGCAUGCACCGUCACGCUUUCCCUCUUUGCAUCGGACACCUGGCCCUCUUUCAGUGCCACGGUGCCAUUUACAUCUCAAAGGGAGAUGACCAAGAAGGCGCUCUCUGUGCUCCCUUCCUUACUCCAGAAAUGAUCUGAUUUAUCUCUUCAUCAACGGAAAUAUCGGCCUUUAGAGGACCAUCCCGCCUCUCUCAUCCCCAGCUAAUAGAGCUCGGAGAGGGAGCAGUAAAAAGAGAGACUUGUGAUCCUCCGUGUGAUCCCAGACCCAACGGACCCUUGUCACAGUGCUUGAUUCAUGUGAUGCGGGUGACUUUCUUUCUGCUCCCAGGCUCAGCGUGUUAAGACACAGGGGUAUAAGAAGGUGGGGGGGAUGGCAUAACGCAAAGCAAAGGCGCCUGUGUUCCUGAGGUAUCCGAUUCCCACGUUUGAUGGAGCAUGACAGGUUGGCUCAGGUCGAAUUAAAAGGCCGCAGUAACAAAUACGAGGGCAGACAUUGUGAUCGUCCGUGCAGGUGAACUCUCCGUGACAGUGGGAAUAAAAAGUUAUUUAUUGCACUGAGGGGAGAACAUUAGUUAGAGGGUGAUCCCUGCAAGAGCCAGGGUGGAUAAUUGAAUCAGGCUUGUGUUGUUUCUGCAGCACGGACCUCUUUUAUUCAGCUGCCAAAGGAAAAGCCCCUCUCUCGUUUUAUUCUGGGUAAAUACUUGACUAAAGUCUGUCUUUGUUACACCUGACCUUAUUUCUGUUACAAUCUUUAUGUCUCUGUCCUUACAGGUGAAUCGAGACACACCUCUCUCUCUUUCUCUCCCUCCCUCUCUCUCCUGACGUAGUUUUAUAAAUAUCCUCCGUCCUCUAGCUUCGUUCAGCUAACUCUGUCCGUCCUAAACAAAGACUACUGUUAAAUUAUGUUAUAAAAGCUCCUCUGUGUUUUAAUCUGGAACAGCGCCUGCAGGCUAAACUGCUCCAACAUGUGAUAUACAAGGCUCUGUGUACCUUGGAAAUGUAGUUUUGGCACCUCUGCUGUUUCCACUGUGUAAUAUUUCUUCCAUUUAUGGUCUACAAAUGCUUGUAUAAACGUUUAAUACUCAGUCGGUAAAUUCAAGAUAGAAAAACAACCAAAAAUUCUCAGGGGUGCAUUUAGAAAUGUACUUUAAAUGUCAACACUGUUCCCGUUCCAGCUAAAUCCCAGUGGACACGCCGCCCAACUUUAGGGGCUGUAGGGAAAUUAUUUUUGGAGGGUGGGGGUCGAACCUUGGACCUUAUCUGGAAAAUAUGUGAGAGUCUUUCUCUUUUAUAUCAACCCUUAUCUUAGUUUGACGAUAUUAAUGUUACGGAUUAAGUCAUGCCUGAGGGAUAAAAUGAACUGUUGCAUGAAUGAUAGCAAAAAAAAAUCCCUGAUUAACUGAGUUUUUAUCAGUUUUUGAACCAACAACCAGUAAAUUAAAUCUAUUCAGUUAAACAGAAACAAAAAUAUGAGGCUGACUUACAGUAUGGACAUGAAUGUUCCCUAACAUACACCUUUACACCCUUUAUAUUACAUAAAUAUUAUUAUGAAGUGUUGUAGAUUCUGCAAUAGAGCAAAUAUCAGAUAAUAUUUACAACAUAGAUAAACAUAUGCAUACCCAGAUAUAUAUAUUUACACAUAUAAAUAAGAGACAGUAUGAAUUUGCUAUUGUCAAUAUUUACAUUAAUUACAUUAUAUUACAUUUACAUAAGUGCCUUUAGCAUGCUUUAACGGGGUGAGAGUUCCAGAGAGUGCCUGCUCUGUGAAAGAAACUGUCUCUCAGCCUGCUGGUCCUGACCUGGAGCCUCCUGUAGCUGAACUGUAUCCUGUACAGUUUGUGUAAUUUUCAGACAGUCCCUUUGCACAGUGGGUCACAUGUUUGGGGUCACGAGACUCUGGUGGAAAGGUUACAAGAUGCUGCUCAAAAAAUAAAUCAGUCAUUAUUUGAAAUUAUAUGUUUUUAAUAUUUCUUAUUGACACAGCUGCACAGCGGCGUGCACGUAUGUAUGAAGUGAUUUUCUGCAGACCAGCUGAAUAAAGUAUCUCAAACUGUACGCUCUCAGACUCACCUGUGCAUCUUCUAGUAUUUCACAUCCACUCAGUGCUGCAGUCUCAACAUGAAGACUGCUUCUAUUCUAUUUACAGCCUUUUUAAUAUAAAAAAAAAAACUGCUUCAAGAGGAUUUUACAGUCAUGUGGCUUUUCUCUCAUUUCUAUUUCUUGGUUGCAGUGCUUCCCCUCGGCUGUCAGCAGAGUCCAGUCUUCAUGAGGGGUCACCUCACUCGGGCCUCAGCGCCGUUUGUGUCAGUUGGUCCAAACAUGCGGGUGAACGGUGAAAAGGUAAGUGAGGCGUAGUAAUUGUGUCUGUUAAUCACCUGCCUGCUGCUACGCCUACAGCACAUUUCAGCUCAUGUGUGGGGGUUAUGUGGGGGUAAGUGCUGCACACCUGUGAGGCCGUCACACUCCUUCAGGACAUUUAGGCAUUUCAUUUAAUCUCCAUCAGUUGUCCCCCUGCACCGUCCCCCCUGACCCCUUGACCCCUCUACAUCCCCUGACUCAGUGGUGCCACAGGCAUGCACAAUUACAGCUGUGAAAUCUUGUCAGGUAAAUGAAGCAGAAGGAGCCGCUCCAUUUUUCUGACAGUCCUGAAGUCUGUGGACGUGGCUCAGUCCUCGCUCUCUGCUGGUGGUGAUUAAACCUGUCACAAUCAUCUUUUCAUGCCCCGCAGUUCUUGCUGAGAUUUUUUCUGUUUCUGGUUUUGUUUUUUCCUCCAUAAUGACGACAACCGACCACAUUCCCACAUUCCUGCAACGCUGUUUAACCUGAGGGUGCAGCUCAAACGUAAACUAUCUAAAGGAUCGGGUUGUCUCAGUGUUUUCAGGUCUCUCCGGGUCCCAUGUAUAGAUCACACGACAAAUCCUCAUUUUAUUGUUUCCUGAUCAGUAAUGCUACAAAAGGACACCUGGAGGGUCAUCAGGUCUAUCACAGAGGCGAGUCCAUGCUCAGACAGCUGGGGUUCAAGUCAGACCAAGGCCCCUGUCCCCCACUCUCCUCCUGUUUCCCGCUAUUUUUUUUUUGUCUUCUCUCAAAUGAAGAGAAAAGGCCAAAAAAUAUCAUCUCAGAAAACAACAAACAGUUACGUAAACUCCAGCAGCAACAGUCUGAGGUUAGCUAACAUCAACAUUCAACCAUGUUUUAGUGAAAACUGCUUUACUAACAGGUGACAGUCGGCCGGCACAUUGAAGCUCAGGCUUCACCCUUUUCCAUAACCUAGCUUGUUAGCAGGCUACAUUUUUUAGCAUAGUCCACUGAGUUAACAAGCUAACAUUAAACUCUAGCUCAGGAUUUAAAGAUCUUAAUAUUACAUUUUAAGUUAGCGUCUUAAUGCUAAUAUCUGCUAAUGCAGGACAGCAGAUAAAGAGCUACUAUUGUUUAGUUGAGUGUAAACGUUAGAAAUGUCACAAAAUCAGUUGCUGAUAGCUGUGACCAUGAAACAUCAUGAUAACAAUAUUAUCCUAGUAUUUAUGAUGAUGAUUAUUAUUAUUAUUAUUAUAACUUCUAUUGAAGCAGGUUUGUCCCACUGAGAUACAAGAUCUCUUUUGCAAGAGCGACCUGGCCAAGAAUGUCAGCACAUACAGUUUCAAAACAUAAUCACAUUAAUCAUAUAGAAUACAAAGAAUACAAAAAAUAGUUGAAUUUUCAAAAAUUAGUUAAAAGAAUUUACAAGAUUAGUCAAACAUUUGCACUCAAAUAAAACAUUUGAAAACACAGUAUUACAGUAAAUACAGUAUUACCAUAGGCUCAGACUUAAGCACAGUAUCAAUAUUUGACCUUCUGUUUGUGUUGAUUUUGGCGCCCCCUGAGGACAAAGCAGGAACUCUUUGUUUAUUUCAGUCUGUUUUAUGAUCGAUCAGAAACUCCUCACAGGAUCUUGAAGUUUCAUUGCUGCUUUGUUGUUUUGUGAAUAGAUUAAAUGAAGGUUCCAGGGCCUCCCCUCACAUCUGCCCCCCCCCCCCCCCAGCUCUGAUAAUCAGUAAUUAACAGAGUCAGGUAGAGACCGGGCCGUCGAGUAGCUCUCUCUGGGUGUUUGUUUACUCGCCUGUGCGCCUGCCGAGGCUCCUGGCUGGUGGGUGAUGAGUUACAGACACAGAUGGUGGGCAUCAGCGGGCCGGCUGGGGGCAGAUUAGCAGCCUCCCAUGUCUGAGCAGCUCCGGCCCAGCCUGCUCCCACUCCCACCGAGCCCCAGAGGAGCGCCUGUCUGUAACUCUACUCGCUUUGGCAAGCCUCAUGUGUUGAUGGAGGCCGACCACGGGCUUAUCUCGUCUCAUUCCACCAUCGGCCGGCCGAGCAGGCUCAGGGCUCCCAGAGAGAAGGGGCGGGGGUUUUUAGGGGGGGUGUCUGGUGGGGAUUUCUGUGUGAAAACAGACUUGUUUUGAAAAGGUAAUGCUGUUGCCUUUGUGGCACAGAUUUAGUAAUUAGAGGUAACUUUACACCCCUAAAAGGCUCCUCCUUAUCUAAAUGAAUGCUCAUUUGCACUUUUACAGCUCUGCAGUUUGGUGUUAAUCCUCUUUUUUCUUAAUUAACUGAUAACCCUCUGUGACCUUUUAUGAUUCAUAAUCAAAGCACCAGCCUCUAACCCUCCAUAUAUAUGUGGGAUGGCAGCUGCCACAUGUGCCGCCACCUCCAUAGGGAUGCGAUGGUAAUCCCUUUUCCGCUGCAUGAAAAUGCCGACAGUGCAGAUUUUACCGCGAUGCCAUGUGCACGCUGCACUGGACAGGAAGCACAGUUCAAACAGUGCAGGUCAAAGGUCAACCAGAUGCGAUGUUGCAGGCGCAAGGGGGGGUUUGGACUGGGCAGGCUGUACGUUAGCGUUUGGGGGUCUGUUUAUUUUAUAAACAGUGGGAGCAGAUUAGUUUUGGAGCCAGCCUCCCUCCCUCCCUCCCUCCCUCCCUCCCUCCCUCCCUCCACCAUAUGGGGAGGAUGUCCUCUGUGUUCGAGCCUCUCAACAGACCAUUGUGUUCAUGGAUGGAGACACACACACUCACUGGCAUCAUAUCUGUUCAUCACUAAUACUAAUAAAGACAUGAUGUUGUUGCCAACACACACGUGUGGACCGAGGAUACGGAGUCUGCCCCACUUCCACUCCUGUAUAAUGGAGCUCUGAAUGAUUGUAGUUUAAAGGCUUUGAGUCAUUAGUGCUGUUGGCACACACACGCCCUCGUCAACGCUCUACCUCGGAGGCAAAAACAGGAAACGGACCGACCCCCCCCUCCAACCUCAGCGCCAGUCUAGUGAAUCCUGCUUGAAGAUGUUUUUUUUGUGCGGCUCAUCUCCUGAAGACUGGCGGCCCCUUCCUGCCAUUGUUUGGGGGGUUUUGUGAGGUGCAGUGGCGGUAAAGUCUCUCUGAUGACUCCGACUGUCAUCGCUCUGCUGGACCUGCAGGUCUCUAUCGACACUCAGGCUCUAAUUCAGACCCCCUGCUGUUUGAUGCUUUCACUGUACUGAGACUGAAAACGACUCUGAACUGCAGACCCUGAAAUCUCCUCACAUUUGAUUUGUGCGUGCGCCGAGCCAGACUGGACUCUCGGUUCAAAUAAAACCAACAGAUGGAAAUGUUAACUCUAACACUCCAUUAACGCUGCUCAUCAACCCUUAAAGUGGAGAUGUUUUCUUGGCCGUCUGCAGAGAGCUGCUCCUGACUGUGCUGCUGUCAGUCAGACCGACUGUUUCACUGUGUCAGGACUCUGCAGAGCUGCUGAGCGACCUCCUGCAGAGAACCACCAGAGAGUCAUGAUUGAAAAUGUCCAAAUGCUUCUUAAACUGAAUUAUUAUUUUAUAUUGGAUUUCAUAUGAAAGUUCAGACUGUGAAUGUGGAGGUCACUCAUACAGUCUGGACAGCGUACCAACGAUUUUAACGGCCAACUUUUAAAGCUUUUAAAUGUUUAGCUGACAGUUUUAACUGUUCUAUUAAAAAACAAUUUAAAAUCCUAUCUUGGGUGACCUUUUAACUUUUUAGGAAGCUGAUUUAACUACAAUUCAACUGACUGAAAACAUUUUAAACAUGUAGCUGACUUCAUGAGUCCAGUACGCUCGACUGUUUCAUUAUUUAAUUCAUGAAUCUGAACUUUUACAAACUGAUCCAACGGUUUUAUUCUUUACAGUUAACUCAUGCAAACACAAGUGUCACUUUUUAAUCUGAAGUUUGAGUUUUGUUCAAACUAUACUGAGCUGUUUGAAUUCAGAAUGAACACUUUAUCAGACCGUCAGGCCGUACUUUCAUCGUAACCUGACUGCUGAAUGACACUCUUAACCUCGGUAAACUAAAACAGUGAAAGUUGGAGUCACUGAAACUCUAAUCAGACAUUUUCUUUACAUGACGGCGUUUUCCUUCAGAGUCUGGUUGGGCCGGCAUGUUCAUUACGCUCCGUCAUAUAAAUGUUGAGGGUCUGUUUGGGGGUGGUCGGGGACAGUCGUGGAGGCGACAUAUUUGAACAUCAGCUCAUCGUGUUCGAUAUUUGUUCAAGCUUCAGUUUCUGAAAAAUCAAAACCCUUAGUGAACUUUAAAUUUUUAACCUUCCAACGAUCAUCUGCAGAAAAAUAUCUAAUGUCCGUAACUGUGAAUCAGACCUUUGUAUGAAACUCAUUACCUGCCCUAUAUUUGUACACACUUAGUUUGACACAGUUACGGUCACAGUGAGAGUGAUGCUCUGUCCUCCCUUUCUUCUUUCUCCUAAACGCUCCAUUGUCAACUUUUCCUAAACUGUAAGUGACGCAGAGCGCUAUUGUUCGACGGUGGGGAGCCGCUCUGAUUGUUUCCUCGUUUUCUUUUGAGAAUCUCCAAACUUUUAAACACCUCUGUUAUUUUUAGCUCAGUGUUUCGUUCAUAAUGACUAAUCUGUUGUAAAAUCAGAAUAAACUCUUGUUUUGUAAGUGUGAGGUCGAGUCUUGGAGCCUCAUUAACCGAUCUUUUUCUAUGUCCUCUUACAGACACUGACCCUGAGUCCAGCACUGAGAGGACCACAAACACGGCGAGGAACCGCAGAGCAGGUUUGUUUCCCAUGGACAGAGCUCCAGUUUGGCUUUUCUGAUAUUGACAUGAUCUUUGGGGAUGAAACAGCAGCUCAGUUUCUGCACAGAGGGUGUUGUGUCUUCAGAGCUGCACGGACAGACCUCCUUCAUCUCCAGCCUGCGCUCUGAUCGAGGAGGAUCAGGGCGCAGCGGCUGACCGCAGGUUUCACACGUAGCCAAUGGGCCGGAUCAGAACCCCAAAUAUUAUUGGUUUACGCUAGAUUAGGACUCACAGGGGCUGAUUGUUGACUAAUUCUGUUCUGGCAGCUCGCUCUCUAUGUACGUACAGAUAUUCAGAUCGGGUUCAGCUGCAGGACAAUCCUCCACUCUUUGGCGUCCUGAUCUGAAAUAAAUCCAACAGUCUGCAGAUGCAUGAUCGAUGAAACACAGGUUUCUUUAUGCCGCUCAGAAAGGGUCGGUUCAUGUGCUGCACGGAGGAAGUACGAGGUUAAAACAAUAAUUAAAGACCUUUAGAAAGAGUAAAUGUUUUAACCUUUGCUUUUAUUCUCCUCUAAGUUACAUAUAUUUCUGAUCAGUGAGAAGUUUUGGAGCUGCAGUGUUUUAUUUAGAAGUAUCGCAGUUUAGGAAAGUUUCCUUCGCAACUUGAAGCACCUCAUCAGAGACUUGUGAGAAAAUAAACAGAGCAAAGAUCUGGACUGUAACUGGAGUCAGCGAAGCCACAUAAGAGCACAUCUGGACUGUGAGCUUCUGCUGAGGAGGUUCUGCUCAUGCAUUAAUAUGAACUCAUUAUACCAUAUCAUAAAUCUUACUGUGGUCGUGAUUGCAUAUGUGCGCUGUUGUCACCUAAACUCAACCCCAGACCUCCAUCUGCUCCAGGCCUCAGAUCAUGAUAGAUGUAAGAACAUGAUUGCUGCAGAUGAGAGGAAAGAAGCACUGAGGCGUAAUCACAGAGGAACACACGAGCCGGGCACGGAUGCUUUAUUGGGUUUGCCCUCUCUGUGCAUGUGCAGUUUUAAAGAGCAGAAGAAGAAGAAGAGGGUCAAAUGUGGUUGCACUUUAUCAAGAUACGUGCAGCUAUCUGAUCUUCUGAAUGAACCGCGAGGUUAAACGAGGAGAUCAUGAGGGACGAGGCCCUGAGAACGAGGGUCAGGAUGGCGUGAGGGCCUCACCGGCCACAAAGAUUAGAGGAGGAGAGAGCGAGCAGGCGCUGCCAGCGAUAACAGCAGGAAAGAUAAUAAAGAGGAAGGUGUUUCCUGUGAGUGUUCCCGCAGGAAAAGUCCUCCUCCUCCUCCUCCGUCCACUUCUGUUGGUUUAUUGUGGACGAGAUGCAGGCUAAAGACUCGGUCAUCAUCUUGAACUGAUUUGCUGCAGGCCUGUAAAUCAAACAAAGCUUUAAUGACCUCGCUGUCAACAUGAGGGAGGGGCUGACGUCCAUGUAAAGUACAUAUUGUACAUACACAGACAUGCACACAGACAUGCACACAGACACAGAUCUGCAUGUCAGAUCCUUUAGCCUGGCGGUCCCUAACCUUGAGCACAGACAGACCACAGCUCCGGCCCGUGUUUGUCUCUGACUCAGGUGGUUCUGUUAGCCAUUGUCCUGUUGUUCUGAAGAUGAGCUCAUGUGUGAGUCAACUCCAGCCUCUCCAGAUGUCACAGGUGCUCUCAGUUCCCUCUUAAAUUAGACGCUCAGUCAUGAUUCUGCCACCGAUCCUGCUCCGAGUUUCCUGCUGAAGAAAGCUUUGUGUUCCUGGUCUGUGUUUCCAGGCUGUUGGUUCUGGUUGAAAGAGCUGUAAGGAUCCGUACAUGCCCCAGCUGACUCUUAAUCACACUCACCCAGGCACUGGCUCCGUCACAGAGAGCAGCAGGCCUGUAAUUAGAUGACAAUGAGCCCUCUCUGGAGCACAUAUUGAUGGCUGACCGGGAGCCGCAGAGUUAUUGAUCAAAGACACGAGCACAGGAAGAGCAGAGGGGGCCGACAGGCCGACUAUAGAUGUUGAAGUUGUUUGAACAACAGGUGACAGACAUCUUAUAGGCCUGAAUCGAACCGUGGGCGGCUGCUGGGGUUAAUUAUAUAUGAGGCCCAAUUUACCACCAAGAAGGGGGGGGCUUUAAGGACAGGGUUUCUACUCAUGUUCAGCUUUUGUUGGGACACCUAUGGAGGAGCUUUCAUAGGAUUUGGAGCUCAACAUUUUGUUUGAGGAACACUAAUUUAGCUUUUCUGACAAUAGAAAGAUCCACACAGCUCGGUGGUGUUAGUUUUUACACAGCUCUGUAGUCGAGAAAUGACCUGAGAAUGAUGCUGUUAUAGAAAAUGUCUGAGGAACACUUAACUUCCUGUUUAACUUCAUCAGCUCUGUCACUUUAUGGGUCUCUGAGCUUCAUGAAGAUCUUUGAGAUGAACAGCUCCAGGUUUUAGUAACAGCUGAUCCGGCUCGUUCUGGUCUUAGUUUAGUUUAGUCAUUAGUAAAGCUGAGUAGUGAAGGGAGUCUGGGUAAAGAGCUUACUUUACAGACAGUGAGCUCUGACUACAGUAGUUUUUACCUCUAUAUGACUGCUGAUCAUUAAUAAUGAAACACUGCAGGAUUAACUCUUCAUAAUUAAUUUUAAAAAUCUGAUUUUAUGAUUAAAGGUUCUCAGGAUGAGGAUUCAUGAGUGGUUAGUAAAGUAUUACCUGAGUAAACAGCUGGAGGUCUGCUGUGAAAAGCUUCAGUCUGAAUGUCUUUGAUUGACUCUGUAGUGGGAGUCACACAUCAUCAUGAGGUCAAACCUGAGUGUGGCUCUUUGGACUAUAGAGGCCCGUCUGUGGGACUCUGUGUUUAGUGUGUGUGCGAUAAACUUACUGACUAAACUGUCCAAGCCGACAUUAAACUUUGAUAUUAAAUAUAUAAAAGUGAAUAUAAGUGAAUACGACGUCACAUCCAUGUUUUAUUAAAAAUCUCGUCUCUAAGUCCUCAGAGACGUAUUCGCCGUGGUCACUAUUAAUAACUGGACUUCCUGUCUUUCCAAAGAUUAACGUCAGUCUGAAGAAGUCCUAAUAUCGAGCUCUAUGUUAUCUGAUACUCUAAAGGAUCGACUAAAUUGGUCACAGCUAAGUGUCUUUAACUGUUAUAAAUCCCACUUUGAGUUACAUCAACAUGAACUCUGACCUGGCGGGCUGACUCUCAUCAGUUAGCUCUUGUUCCUGACUCGUACCCGGUCCAGAGUCAGUCAGGUCAGUAGCUGGUUUGGAGUUUGAAUGAUCUUGUGUUGGCUGGAUGGAUUUAAGAACCGCUGCAGCGCUCGUGUGUUGGAGAUCUGUACCCGGUCCAGCUGGAGCUCCACCUCAGACCUGUUUUUGUCCUCAUGCUGCAGAUAUCUCUCUGACGUCAUGGGUGAGGCUCUCCUCACCUCUGAGGGGAGGUGAAAUGUCACAGGCUGCAGAUAGUUUAGAGGAGAGGAGGAUAGAUCUGCUUCAUAACGUCUCCUCAGUUUCAUGGUUUCCUCUGGAUUUCUUCUCUUUCUCUUCUCAUGGAGCUAAACUUUCAGGGUUCAGUGUUAAAAUGAGUCCAAAAACAACUGUGAUCCAGUUUAGCUGCAAAAACGUGGAUUUUUAAAGUGUUAUUAUGAAUUAUUUUAGUGUUUCAUAACAUCAUGAGAGGUUACAGGGCCUGGAUAUGUGAUGAACUGACAGGGUCUGUGUUGAGCAGCUGACGUUGGUCUGAUUGUGUGGCUGCUUUUUUAAUCAGUGAGAUUUUGUAGAUUUCAGGACCUGGAGCUCUUUAGUAUCACAUGGAGGUGAUUUAAGGUUUUCCCACCUUGAGUGUAACCUCCUAAAAAGAUGGCCGCCAUGGGCAUACAGAUUUUCCUCACUUCAUCCAGCCUGCAGCCCGGAUACGAGGCGCCCUGACAUCAUAAAGUCCUUCAGCUGUAUCAUGAAGUCUGUGCUGUGAAUACAGUGAUGGUCUGCCAGUAUAAAGCUCUGUUAUAGAGACGGGGGGGGGGGCACAGGAAGGCAUCGUUAACGGGAAUCCACUCAGUGUGACGACAGGCGAGCAGCCGCUCACACUGCUCUCCUCUUCCUCUUCCUCCUCUUCUCUUUUAUACUUCUAUUCCUUUUCUCAAGGUUGAGACUCUUCUGAUUCACCGAUGACUAACCAGGAGUGUCCUGACAAACAGGCGACACAGAGAGACGGCGUCCUCCUAACUCCCCUCUCCUUCAUUCAUGACCUUAAACUCACAGAUCUCUCCAUGUCUCCACACGAUUACCUCCGGGUACUUCCCUCUCUUUCUAACAUACGUGAUGUUUGCGUUAACGCCGCCUGUCUGCGCGCCUCGUGGCGGUGGAUCAAAGCUGCUGGUUUCUUCUUGUUUUCUGCUUUUAUGUGGGAAAAGCGUUUACUUCAACAGUCCGACCUUCGGCGAUGGCGGCGGCGGGCAUACUGGGACCAUUACUCAUUACUCUUUCUACUAUGUAUUUAGCUCCUCAUGGCUGCACACUCACACUAAUGUUCCCCUCCUUCUCUUAUCCUUCAGGUGUUUUUGCAUCAUCUGAGAAUCCAUCAUAUCUUUGUAUCGAAAUGUUCAGCUUUUUAUAGUUUAAGUUAAAAGAUCUGUGAGAAUAAAAACAUUAUAAAAAAGAUUUAAACUUGCUGCUCAGACCGUUUCCUCCCACUCUGACCAUUAACUGGACAUUAAAUUGAGAUGUGGAUCCACAAACCGCCUCGAUGGUCGAGCCAAAGCAUGUGCGAAGUCAACCUGUGCGCCAACCAAAACACACCUUCACCCGUAAACGCAGCGUGGACAGGUCUGUUCCCCUCACUGCAGAGAAGGUCACUUUAAAACGUUAGAAACCUGUGUGUGUGUGUGUGUGUGUGUGUGUGUGUGUGUGUGUCUCAGGUUUCAGACCUUCACCCUGCUGUGUGUCUCCUCUUCUCUCCCAUUUUCUCCCUAAUAAAACAGGAAGAGGGUGUUUGGAGAGUCAGAGCCUGAGGAGUAAAGCCGCUCUCCUCUGACUGACCCAACUCUUUGUAUUGGGGUGUGUGUGUGUGUGUGUGUGUGUGUGUGUGUGUGUGUGUGUGUGUGUGUGUGUGAAUGCAUGCCAGGAUAAUUGCUCUCAGGGAGCCCCUGAAUGCCUCACCCUUGUUUCUCUGACUCUUCAGAGAUCUGCCGUGUUUGCUUUGGGCAUUGUGCCCCAGAGGGAACAUCUGAAGCCUAAACGUGACGUUUUAAAAAACCUGCCGCUGCACGCCGGCCGCCGCGCUCACAUGACCACAUAAUUGACUCGCAUGCAAAGACUGAGUUAACGUCUGCAUGUAUGAUGCAGUUUUUCACUCCUCAGACAUCAUCUUCAUGCUCUCGCCUCCUUCUCAGUGUGAGGCUCAGCGGGGCUCUUCCUCCGCUCCGAGGGGGGCGGGGUCUCCGCUCUGUUAGGUUAUGCAGGAAUGUGAGCGCAGCAGCGCAGGAGGGCACCGGCCUGGUGAAGCCAGAUCUGGUGGGGAUUAGAGGUGAGCCGUGCCUUGCCUCGCCCCGUUCCCCUCCCAGCAGGAGCUGUCAUGUCAGCCGUGGCGUCCUGCUGCUGAGCUUCACUCUCAUUGGGUGGAGGUCAGGGGCCAGCGUCAGGUCACGCCGCCGGCUUCUGAAACUCUCACCGAGCGUACCCUCCUCUUACAGAGUGCACGACAGUCAGCAUACAUGCGAUCUGACAACCCACGCCCGAGCAACAAAAGACGAGAGGAGGGUUGAGGCUGAGGGCGAUCUGUGCGGGUCCAGUCGGACUUUAAUGAGAACCUGAAGAGUUUUUUUCUCCUCACUGUAACUCUUAAUGUACCGGGAUCAUAACGCAGAGAGCUGCUGCAAAAUUCCCACGAAGCAUGGAGUGUGUAUCAGUUAUUUCAUCACAGAAAAUUAGCUCUAAACGGUCGAGCUGGGCAGCUAAUUGCGUGCUGGUGGUAUUUCGCCUGAUAAGAUGUUCCACUGCGCAGAUUCCUCUCUCCUUCUCGGCCUCGUGGGGCUUGUUAGCCCAUGAGGAAUUUGAAGGGUCUGUUAGUUAGUGUGUAAUUCAGGUCAGAUAGACGCUGAAAUGAAACGAUAAACAGAAGCUCUCAUUAAACUUCUCCAUGGGAAGCUGGAGACAUAUUUGAGGGUUUCUGUUGGUCGUGUUUUCUGGUGUCGUCAAAUUUGUGAGUUGAAUCCUGCAGACUUCAUCCAAACCAGAAACCAUUAACACAUAUUUCACUUCUGCCUCUGUGUGAAACUUAAUGCUGCGUAUCCAGCUGCAGAGAAUAAACGGAGUUGAUCUGCAGGGGCAGCUGGCUGUAACUUCAGAGGCUCUCCGUCAGGACAGACAGCAGCUGGAUGGCAGAGAGGAAAUCUCAGCGUCUGCCUCAGAGAGACUCUCUGAUUCUGAUCUAAAGAGGAGACGGCCUGGCCCUGCAUCUCCUCAACAAUAACAGCAGCGGUGGCCAGGCUAUUAACGCCCGGCCAGCCGAGCGCGGCCUGCUCCUCCUCCUCUAAUACUUCCACACUAACAAUGUCAUGCUGUAAUCCUUCCUGUGAAACCGUCAUGGAGACGAUAAAUCUUUCCCUCUUGGUUCCCCCUUUAGCGGUGCAGCUGGAAGUUCCUCUUUCCCUUUUUCUUCUGCCAAAGAAGCUCAACGUUCCUGCCAUGCAGCCGGCGACGGUGGCCUCUGUGUCUCCGCCGAGUCUAAGAGGUGAAGGCGCUCCAAAAUACCGGACCGCUCUUUGACCCGUUUUUAGUCGAUUUCCUGUCCAGAAAGUAAACUCCAAUCAAGAGGCCUGUUUUAGUGCUGAUAAGCAUGCAGAUGGAAAUUAACCCCAGAUCGGAGCUCGAUAAAAUAUAAUAUCCUGUUCUGCUGGGAGGGUCAGCGUCUUUAUUUCUGUGUGUUGGAGGGUCUGCAGAUCAAAAUAUGUCUGAUUCUGAAACCGUCGUGAAGUUCACGCCUGUGAUGAGCGGUGUGUGUGAACACAAACAGGAGCGUUUGACCUCCUGACUCCCUGACGUCCUCUCAGGUGAAUCUCAGCUCACUAUCACGUAUUUUUGACUUUCAUUGUAAAUUUUCUCUCUGAUUGAUGUUUCAACGCCGUUUCCUCCUUUUUAUUGAUCUUAUUUUGACACUCCCUCAGGGGUCAGAGGUCAAACCUGAGUAAUGGAAUCUGUUGCCUGUAGUGACGGCGGCUCAGACCUGUUGACCUGGGCAUUGUGAGCGUCAGCCUCAGGUUCAAUAGGCUGACAGGUUGAGGUGACUCCGGUCACUUACGGCUCUCUGAGGAAUCUUACAUCCGCACAAACGCAUGCCUGGAGGGGGCCCUUAAACGCACCGCGGUCUGAAGUCAAAGUGUGACAUAAAUCUGAACAGGGUCCUUCUUCUGACGGGGUCCGCCGUGUUUUUGUAGCUGUACUGCAGAGAGAGGGAGAGAGGUCAGGACAAGUUUUAUCACACAGUCACAUUCAUGCUGGGAUUAACUCUUUAGGUAUAAAUCUGAGAGUGAGCUGUGGACAGGAGGAGGAAGUUUGCAGGUAAACCAGAAAUUAUCAAUAUUUCAGGAGCUUCUGUAAACAAAGGAAGUGUUUAAAUGCUGCAUGUUAGUAACAGAAAUCACAUUUAAGUCAGAUCUUAAAGGGAUAUUCCGGCGUAAAAUUAAGUCAGCACCUAACUUCAUCAGCAGUACAUAUAGGGUCCCAGCCACAGACUACAGCGGGGUGCCGCAGCUCAAGGAAGAACAUUUAUGAUAAUUUCUUUAUCAUUCCCUUAAAGUAAUAAUAAUAAUAAUAAUAAUAAUAAUAAUAAUAAUAAUGAUAAUAAUAAUAAUACAUUUUAUUUAAAAGCGCCUUUCUGGACACCCAAGGACACUGUACAGGGCAUUAAAAACACAGUUAAAAUAAAUAAAAACAACAUACAGGUAUAAAGAUGGACAGUUAAAGAGAAUAUGCAAUUUGGAUAAUAAUCACCAUAUUAAUUAUUUUACAGACGCGGUAGUUCUUCUGUCUUAGCGUCUCGGUCUGAUUGUAUUUCCAUGAAGAAAUGAUCAUAAAUGUUCUUCCUUGAGCUGUGUCACCCCGCUGUAGUCUGUAAUGGACUGGCCUGAGGUCUCCAUACAAACAAGCGGCUGCUGGAAGAGAGUAGGUGAGUUGUGUUUAGUCUCUUUGCUAAAGAAAUGAGUCAAAGUUAAAAAGAUGUUUGGUGUCUAGUACUAUGUCUGUGACCCUAUAUGUCCUGUUGAUGAAGUUAGGUGCUGUUCUGAGCAUUAUUUGUGGCUAUAGAGUGGUGUUUUGGUUGGGGGCGUGGCUCUCUGUAUUGCUAUCCUGCGGUCGUUACUAAAGUUGGUAAAACUAGAGAAGCAAGCGGUCGACAACAUUCAUCUCUGGAGGGGGGGUCUAACUCGGUGUUAUGGUGAGUUUGACCCUAUCAUAUCUAAAUUAGAGGUGACCAGCAGGUUAAAAUAUGUAAACAUAAUAAAGAUAAUUAAGAAAUAACGUUUGUACCGUUGAAUCCAAGUUUGGUUCAUGAACCCACUGUAAUAUUUUGAUGUCAGGGACUCCACCCUCUACAAUCAGAGCCUUUCUUCAAACUCAAACUUGAGUUUCUGCAGAUUCAGACGGAGCAGCCUGAGUGAGAACUGAAGAAGAGCGUCGUCUUUGUCUCUUCAUCACCUCCAGGGUUUUUUUUCUCCCUCUGACUCUGAAGCUGCGUUCACUCCGAUGAUCGUCCGACCACCUGAGGCGCUCACUCCUGUGCCAACUCGCAGAAUUAAAUCUUUCCUGCUUGUGUUUCAUGUUCUGAACUGAUUCUCCUCUUUUUUUUACGAACGGCUCCUUCAGACGGCCGACAAAGGAGUGAGAUGGUUCAUUCUCAUGCAAGGUCACGCCAUGUUUGACAUCCAUCUACAAACAACAUCCAAAACAAUGGAGCGCAGCUUUUACGGCGUUUCUCAGACUCAUUAUUUCACUGCCCGCUCGUCCAUUUGACCAUCUGACCACAGGAGAGUUCAACCUCCAGACCCUGUGUGGUUUCCUCUGCAGGACCAGGGAGGAUCCUUCACCACCUCCUGUUUACUCUCCACGCUGGAGGCCAAAGAAAGUGAUGGGAGCGGGAGAGAGAGGCCUCGGCGCUGCAGGGGGGGACGCUCUGCAGCCUGUUUUUAGACCAGAGUCAUCCUGCAGGGAUGGAGGUCCACAGAGGGAGAAACCGACUCACUGCCGCACAGAGCAAUCAGCGCCUGCAGACCCAAGCUGAUGAAGGAUCUGGUCUGCAGAGGAGAAACAAAAACCUGAGACCUCAGAGAGCCUGGAGGCUGUGAAACAGUUAGAGUGAAAAUUAGAGCGUUGAAAGUUCAGAUCUAAAAGACAGAAACGGAGAUAAGAACCACAGAGAGAGAAAAGUCCAAUCACACAUUUAAAGGAAGUCUUGGCUGAGCUCUCCUCUUUGUUUAUUGUGUGCUCUUAAAUUGGCGUCUAAAUGAGCCUGAAUGAGCUCCAUCUGAGGGGUUGGUUGUCUGUGGUGCAGAGCGGGGCGUGGACCCGUCACAGCCUCCAGUCCUCCGCCUUAAAUCCUGGUCUAGAUUUGGAGACAGUUCCAAGCAGUGCCCUCCUUUCAGCUCUGAGGAGGUCCAGCUGAUGGAUGGGCUCUAAUCAGCAGCAGACAGACCUGCCACAGGAAACAUCUCCCCAUCACGUCUACGGAAACCAGCCCCUUCUCCAGAGACCCGCUGAUAGCCACAGAGGGGGAGGGGGGUCGAGAAACAAUCGGAUUCUCCCUCAUUUUCUGCAGAGAGUGUCUCUGCACUGAGCUCAACAUGUUUUACAGAAAACAACAACAGCAGCAGCAGCUUCAGGAACUCUGAAAUAAUCCUAAAGAACUUGUUUUAGGAGAACAGGAGGAGAUGAUCUUUGUGUGAUUUCAACAACACGUCAAAUUAAAGAUCUUUGAGAGAUGUUCUUGUUUACUGUCCUCCCAAUAAUGAGAGAGUGUUAUCAGAGAUGCACCGUGGGAGAUAUUUGGUGAAACCCUCCCCUGUCCCUCCUGUCUCUGUGUGGCGUAGAUUUUUUUGUAUCCUCACAGGUCACCCUGAGAUGGCGUGACAUUUUGACUCCACUUGCACAUUUUGAGCUCCAGCGUUCUCCUUCCUCCUGAUGUUUGCAGAAGCUGAAGAUCAGUUUCAACUCUCUUUGCCGACUAUUUCUGGAUCAGCAGGACAAAAUGUUUCUGCUGCUUCUCCGGAGUUUUCUUCAGCUAACUUCAUACCUGAGCUUUAGGGAAUUUGUGCAUUUUUUAAAACCCCUCCAAAUAUUUAACCAAAGGUGAAGUCGGAGAUGAAGCAAAAUGCACAAAAAUACAAACACGUGUUGUCAUCUUGUCUUUCCACCCUGAUUUAUGCAGAAGUCUCGCUGUUGGUGAUCAGUAAACAUGAAUGUUCCCAUCGCUGUGUGUUCCCGAACAAAGGUCAGCGUACCUCGACUCAAUCCUGCAGAUUUAUAUCCUGAACAAAGCCUGGGUGUGUAGUUUUACCCUCUGAGGUUUACGUCCAGAGUCACGACAGACUCAAACUGGACUCAUGUCCCUGUCCCGGUUUACAGUCACUGGUGAAGACAUGUCCCCAUCAGCUCAUUAUCACUUCGUCACGUACAAAACAACCAACAAAACUGUAGGUGGAAAAACGGCGUCACUUUUCGUUCUUGUGAUUCGUCUUUUUAAACCCCUCUGGUUCAGCUGAGAUUUGUUAAACUUCCUAAAUCCUGAAGUUUAUUUCAGGUUCCUUUUCUGAAGAAGUUUGGGAUCUCCUGCUUUGGGUGAAGGUGAAGUUGUUUUUCCUGUCUCCCCCCUCCUCUCCACAUGUGUGUGUGUGUUCGAUUGUGUGUUGAUAGGAAGCAUCUGUCAGGUUGUGUUUUGCUCUUUGUGUCCUUGCCAAAGGGCUUUUCUACCUCUGACAGGUGAGGCUUCUCUCCUGCCAGACAAAUCCCCCAGAAUCCCCCUCUGCGUGUCGGGAUGAGCAGGGUGAUGAGUCGCCGUCCGCUCUGCGUAUGAAUAGACCGAUCAGUCUGCCGUGGAGGAAUGCUGAGCGCUGUUUGCCUUUUGGGCCCCUGAGAGCUGGUGGCUCCUGAAUGUGGAAGCAGAGAUGAUCCCUGAAAGGAGGCCGGGAGUCCUCCGCUCACUUCCCUCCAUUCAAACUCGCUGACCUCCAUCCUGCAGCGUCCUGCCCUCUGCAUGGACCCGUGCACUCACACCCAUGUGAAUAAGGGUCGCAGUAAAAGGUCUGCUCUGUGUUCAGGCCUUUCUGUAUUUUAUUAACACGGGGGUCAGUCAUUAUCAGAUGAUUUUUGUGUGUUUUAUUUCUGUGUUUUUCAGUUUUGUUUCAGAGUCCGUGGUCUUUACAAGCUGAAGUGAAUAGAAGUUAAAACGCAGGUCCAAACUCGCCCUCUCAAUCUUAAUCCUUUAAGGCCCUCAGGGUCGCACCCACCUCCACCAUCUGUCAGAAAACUCUCAGUUUCUCUGAUACUCAUGUGAAAGUACACAAGCCCCUCCAGGUUCUGCUCGAUUUACAAAUAAAAGACCUCGAACUUCCUGAAAAUGCGUCUGAAAGUGGGAUUUAUUCUGGAAGAACCUGCGGAGCGAGGGUCACAAACAAAGACGGCCACAGUGGAUGAAGUCUUACCACCCUAAACAAAGACCAACAAAGGCAGGAAGGGCCGGGCCGCGGGUCCUGACAACAUGGCGUGGAUGGUGUGCACACAGUGUCAGCGCCGUGAUGGGUCGCUCUUGACUGUUUUUCCUGUUUGAGUCUUCAGUCUCUGAGGAUUCGCCCUCAGAGAGAAAAGACUCGCUCCAGGUCUGCGCUCGAAUGUAAACACACUCAAAUCAUGGCUCUGAUGUGAAAGUGCCGACAUCAACAUAUGAAGGUGUUAACGCUCAGCGGAGGGAGGAUACCUGCAGGCGGAGGCCCGUGUUAUUGAGUCUGAUUCAAAAAGGAGGAAGACGUCGGUCAAAAACACAAGGAAGGUUAAAAACAGUUAAAACAACAAGAAGGUUAAAAGCUGUUAAAAACAUGAAAGUUAAAAAUAUGAGGGAGGUUUAGGUUUGAGUCAUGUCAGAGUCAAAGGCUCAAAGAUGACCAUGUUUGUCUGUGAUUUUUCUCCGGACUCAGUUAUAAAAAAAUUGCUACGGAAGAAGAUAAGGGCCAAAAAAAAAAAAAAAUAUCAGAAGAAUAAUAUUCUGAGAAUGAAAUGGAAAUUUAAAAAAUAACACCAAAAUGUGAGAAAUUACCGGGCAAGUUUAUGACAAAAGUGGCAAAUGUGUGGGAGUGAACACGAAUAUUUGGGACCAAAAAGUUAUCAGAAUCCUAAAAAAACAAAUUUGUAAAACAAAAAAAUAAUGAUAAUUGAAAGAGGUGGGGGAAAUUUGGGGGAUUAAAACUGAAAGUUUUUUUUGCAUUUGUGACUAAAAGGUUGGCAAAGUUUCAUGAUAAAACUGGAAAUUUAUAAGAAAAAAUGAAUGUAUGUGAGAAAAUUUAUGAGACAAAACUGAAAAUUUUUUAAUUCAUAAGAUUUUAAGUGAUAAAAAAAGUUUAAAAAAUUAAAAAAUUUUCAGGAAAAAAGUGAUUUGUGAAUUAAAACAAGAACCUCUGUGAUAUCUGUGAUUAUUGAUUUGCACAUUUCAAAAACAAAGCAGCAAAUUUUUAGAGUAAAAUAGUUUUAAAAAAAAAAAUUGAAACAAUUUGCAGUUUUUCUUAAAUUAUAACUUUUAGUGCUUUUGUUGUCAUCUUCCAUAAAAGAAAAUAAUGAACACAUGAUAUCUAAUUGUACUGUAUGUAUAUUUGAUCGAAUAAACAUUAUAUAAUUGUCUUUAAUACUAUAUAAUAAAUAAUCUGACAGCUGUGAAAAGGUUUAAAUCAAAAGGGUUUUAAAUCCUGGACUCACCACGACACCACGCGAUCGGGGAAACAGGAUUUAUAUCCAAACUGAAACUCCUGAAUUCAAAUAAUAAAUAUGUCUUCAUCGCACAAAUUUGCUUUUUUCUCACUGGUUUAGGACUCUUAUAACUGUUUGUUACUCUUUUCCACCAAUAAGUUAAUAACUGAUUCUCUUGCGGUGUGUGUAAAACUGUGACAAAGGCAAUAAAAAGAGAGCCCUGCGUUAAUGUUGAGUAAACGCAGAGAGGAGCUGAGAGGAGGAAGAGUUUCUGUCUGUCGCUGUCAGACUGAGACGAUCAUAUUUCUAGAUGGUUCUCCCUGAUAGUUUAAACAUAUUAUGUCCAUAUGGCAGCCAUGCAUGAAACAACACAGCAGGAGAGAUGAGAGAGGAGGAGAUAUAAUCCUGUUUCAGCUUUAGAUACACUUAUUAGACCUGCUGCUCCUCCUGACUGACUGACUGACUGCAGUUUGAUUCAUGUGUUUGUUGAACUGAUUCAGCAGGUUCUUGUUGGACAUGUGAAGGUUGUCCUGUGGUGGUUAAGAGCAGAUUAAAGGAGGAGGGGUGGUGUUAGGGGGGUGGGGGGUCUGCAGCUGUCUGUCUCAGCUGAAUUAAAGCUGCAUGAGUGUUUGGUGCAAACAUUUGGCUCCAUAAGAGACUGUGCUGCCAGUUAACACACAUGCUGGCGUCAUGGCCACCCUGACAGGAGCCGCUUUGAAGACGCAGGUCAUCAGCCGUGUGGCUCCAAAGAGCAGAGCGCAGGACUUAUUCUUAAAAUAUGAGCUUUAUAAAGGAUAAUUCACCGUUUAAAGUCCAGAAACUGUGAUAAUGGAGGUGAAGAAACGCCGAGUCUGCUCAUUAAUAAUGCAGCAGGUCCUCUGAAACCCUCAGCUGUGUUUCCAGGCCUUCAAUCCUCCAGCGAGAUGAAGUGCUGAGUGCCGAGUAUGCGGAUCGGCUCGUUUUAGAGACUGAAAUAGUGCCGGGCUCUGUCCAAAUAUUGUCUUAGAGUCCCAGCUUCUUUUCGGAGGCACUUAGCCGUCCUACGCGGCGGCGCUCUGCAGAGCGACACAUGGCUUUGACAUUGACUUUCGGCCUGUUCAGGGAUCGUUAAAGACCAAUUUGUCAGCGUUCAGCACACAGCAGACAGUGCGAUGUGUUUCAGGGGCCUCACAUCUGGGCCUUUUGUGUUUUAACAGGGUCCCGCUUCCUCUUUUAGAAACCUGAAGUACGUGUGUGAUGAGAAGGCCACGUUCCUCAGCCUGUUGGUCUCGUUUCAUGAGCGUGCUCUGGCUGCACACACACACACACACCUCCUCUCUGGUUCCUGCAGAGGCUUUUAUGAUAAUCAUAAUCAUCAGAAGUAAACGUUAAUGUCAUUGUCAUGUGUGUGCAGAGAGGAGAAGCACGGUUUCAUCACUGAGAGGAAACCCUGAACAGGAGCUGCAGAGUAAGCAGAGGUUUAGUCUUGGAGGCCGAGGUCUGCUCGGACAAUCAGUCACAGAGAGGGCAGCUUGAUUAAAGGAAACGGAGCGAGUGGAAACUUUGAAUGUGUGUGUUUUUUUUUCAGUUGUGUUUUGUGCCUGUCUGGGUGAUAGCAACGACAAAACAGAUGCAGAAACAAUCAGGGUAAGUCAGAGGAUGUUUUUACUCCCGCUCUGACUCCCCCCUCACCUCCUCUGGCCUUGUGAUUGCACAUCAAAGUUGUCGACAGAGUGUUAAAGUCGAUUUUAUUGUUUCACUCCUCAGAACAGUUGUCAGAUUUUAAAGGAGCCAAAACUUUGGGCUGCAGACGAGCCGGGAGGGAAAACGACGUCCGGGUGAAACUGCAGGAGAGCAGAGAG